AUGGGCAUUCGGAUUGGAGAGGUGGGACUCCCAGUGUGCAUGGAAAUGUGCAUUCAAGCCCUCAAAAUGUCCCCAAGUGACCACAAAGAAAGCAAAUCUUCCAUUUGCAAAACGAUAUCCUGCCUUUUGCCGAGUGAUCUGGAGAUCUGCACCAAAACCUUUACCCGAACCACUGGUUUGCGAAUUCAUUAUGAAAAAGUCCAUCGCCUUUCUCGCGAGGAUAUGCAGAGGCUAAAGAUAAGAGCCCGAAACAAGCGACCACACAAACCUGACAAGAACGAUGGCGCAAUUUGCCGUAGUAUUCCAGAUAUCUGCGUCAAUCCAACGGUAGUGGCCAAUAAUGCAGUCAUGGCAGUUAAACCAGAACUCCUGGACGUUGCCAUUGCAUCUCCUCCGUACCGUACACAAGAACCAGUUCCACGCGCAUUUCCAGCACCGGGGCAUGGGGAAACAGGAGGAUACGAGAUGUCCACUGUCACUCAACUUCCCCCAGCUCCACCACAAAACUAUUUCAACGAUUUGACUGUUCCAAUCCUUCCUAUUGACGCGCCCGAAGCUGCAGUUAUAACAAGUCUCGAAAGCCCGAUGAGGAGCCCAGGUGCAAAAGAAAGGAAGAGGCAUUCUGAUUGGUCACUUCAAUGCACUAAAGAAGCAGGGUAUGCCUCUCCAGAGAGGCCAAGCAGCUCCAAAUACAUGCACAACAACGGGGAGACAUCCAAGAAGGAAAACACGCCGAAGAAGUCGGGGCCUAAAAUGUGCGAACUUGAUAUCUACAGCCCUUACCGACCGUAUCGCUGUGUCCACGGCGGCUGCACUGCCGCGUUUACCAUCCAGCAAAAUUUAAUACUGCAUUACAGGGCUAUGCACCAGGAGUCUUUGCCCUUGUCUAUGGUCGAAGCCGAGCAGAAUGAGUCGAGCAAUUUUGAAGACGGUUUGGAGAAAGAACCAGAAGUGAGGUGCCAAGUGAAGAACUGUUCGCGAGGUUUCGAUGGAGUACCAACUUUAGUGCAGCAUUACCUCCUGCUCCACAAGUACAGCCGCGACAAAACCACGUCUGUGAUGGCAAACAUGAACAUCGGGGAAUUCAAUUGCAACCGCCCCGAUUGCGAGCUGCCGUUUAGUUCAGUGGAAGAAUAUAUUGAGCACAUCAGGCAUGUUCAUAAAGAAAUCGCAAUCUCCGAAAGUGGUCUGGCAGACGUGACAUUCAAGUGUGAAUACGAAGGGUGUUGCCGCGUCUACAGCACAAAAUCAAACCUGCUGCGACAUCUGAUUAAAAAGCACGGUUUUGUGUACGACCCGAAAGUUAACGAUGGCCGAAAGAACAAGACAGCGGCGGCAGCGCUGUUUCCUUUUUCAUGUAGCGAAAAGGAACAUCUGGAGAAACCAGUCAAGACAAAAGAUGCAAUCAAAAACAAGGAAGCGAAACGCCCCGAGAGAGAGCCCCAGAACCAUGUAGGAGCUGACAAAGGUGUGUGCCGAGAUAAGCCCGAGCACGUGCAAGGCAACAAAGAGCGGUCCAAACAGAAGCCUGAAAUGGAAGAGCUAGAGGAAGUUAAAAAGGAGAUAUCUGGCUUUUCUGUUCGCUGGCAUCUGUUGUGUUGA